AUGGAAGCGUUGAUUGAGUUAUGCGACCUCAUUGCGCAGAAUCCGUUGCAAUUCGCUGACAAGCUCUCUUGGAUAUGCGACAAAUGCCCUCCACCGGAGUACCUAUCAGCGGGAUCUCAUAGGGUUUCGCGCUCUCAGCUCAAUGCCAUCCUCGCCGUCGCGCGCUUCCUCUCCAACUGCCCCUAUUCCACCGAUCUGCGCCCAAAGUCCGUCGUCCUCGAGUUUCUCCGCUCCGUUCCCCAAUCCUUCACUCAGUCCUUCUGGCCCCUCCCUUUCAACGCCGAUUCCGUCGCCUCUUUCUUCCUCGAUUUCACCGGCUACGUUUCCAAGGCCGCGAAAGCGUCGCCGGAUUUUGCCGAGGAGCUCAGCUCCUUCGCUGGCGAAAUAAUCAUUUCCGCGAUCGGGGAACCGAGCUCCAGCGUUGCUAGGGCUUUCUUGGCCGGUCUGGCGCAGAACUAUGUCCCAAUUUCCUCCUCCGAUGGCAACAGAUUGUUGACUUGUUUAAUCGAUCAAUUCUCUGCGCAUGCUGUCUCUGUUACCUGCACUCCGAAGGAACUGCUCAUUGCGGAAAAUUCCUCGUCUCAGAGCUCGCCCCUCAGUGUGAACCAGCAACCCCUGACUAAUUGCAAUGUCAGUUCAGGGAAUGAGAAUGCUUCGGGUUCCUCGAGCAGUGUGGCUUCUAAGGCUGCGGAUGAUGCUAGCACGGCGUCGUCGAGAGGGGUGGUGAACGGGCCCCACCAUGUUUAUAGAAGCAGUGCUGAUCAAUUGGCGCUAAGUUUAGGUUUAAAUGAUGGUACACUUGGCGCAGUCUCGUCUGCGCAGCAAGUUACUUCCUUCGAGGAAGAGUCUGUGGAGUUCUUGGAGAGGCAGGAAAUAGCUUUUAAGUUGAUUGCUCACGUGUUGGAAAAUGUCCACAUUGAGUCUGCACUUUUGGAGCAGAUUAGGUUAAUUGGGAAGAAGCAGAUACAAUCCAUGUCUGUUUUUCUGAAGAUAAGGAAGAGGGAUUGGCAUGAGCAGGGAUCGCUUUUAAAAGCUAGGAUUAAUACAAAACUUUCAGUUUAUAAGGCUGCAGUGAACCUGAAAAUCAAGAGCCUCUCAGCACUGGAUUCUGAUUCAAGGUCUGUUAAGAGAUUGGUUUAUGAGGCAGUUGCAAUAUUAAUAGAUGCUGCUGAGGCAUGCUUACUCUCUGGAUGGCGUAAGUUGAGAUCGUGUGAAGAUCUCUUCAGCUCAUUGCUUAUAGGGGUUGGACAGAUUGCUGUUGCCCGCGGAGGACAGCCACUGCGCAUUUUGCUCAUUCGCCUAAAGCCAAUUGUUCUCAAUGUUUGUGCUCAGCCUGAUACAUGGAGUAACAACCAGGUCACCAUGUUUGAGAGUGUCACAAAGGCCAGCUGUCAGAUUAUUCAAUCAUGCUGGAAUAAGGAGCGGGCGCCUGUAGACACAUACAUAAUGGGAUUAGCCACAAGCAUACGUGAACGGAAUGAUUAUGAUGAACAGGACAACCAAGAGAAACCUGCAGUACCUUUUGUACAGCUUAAUGUUAUACGCUUGUUUGCUGAGCUGAGCGUUGCAGUCAACAAGUCUGAACUGGUAGAUGUGAUAUUACCACUUUUUAUUGAAAGCCUAGAAGAGGGUGAUGCUUCAACACCUAGUUUGUUGAGACUUCGACUUCUUGAUGCUGUGUCUCAAAUGGCCAGUUUAGGUUUUGACAAAUCUUACCGUGAAACAGUGGUUUUGAUGACUAGAAGUUACUUGAACAAACUUUCCAAUGUAGGAUCAGCUGAAAGCAAAACGGAGGCAGCUGAAGCCACAACUGAGCGUGUUGAAACUCUACCUGCAGGAUUUCUUGUUAUUGCUAGUGGUCUUUCUAGUGAUAAAUUGCGGUCAGAUUUUCGUCAUCGACUGCUCUCCCUAUGCUCAGAUGUUGGUUUAGCUGCUGAGGCUAAAAGUGGAAGGAGUGGAGCAGAUUUCCUGGGUCCGCUGCUCCCUGCAGUUGCUGCAAUUUGUUCCGAUUUUAAUCCUACUUUAAAUGUGGAGCCAUCACUUUUAAAACUAUUUCGCAACCUAUGGUUCUAUAUUGCUCUUUUUGGCCUAGCACCACCAAUACAAAAGACUCCAGUGACUACAAAGUCAGUUUCCACUACACUGAACAGUGCAGGAAGCACGGGUCCAAUUUCCCUUCAAGCUGUAAAUGGACCAUAUAUGUGGAAUGUGGAGUGGUCUUUUGCUGUUCAACGAAUUUCCCAGGGGACUCCUCCACUAGUUGUUAGCUCAGUUAAAUGGCUUGAGGAUGAGUUAGAAUUAAAUGCUUUACACAACCCAGGCAGCCGUCAAGGCAAUGGCAAUGAGAAAGCUGCUCUUUCACAAAGAGCUGCUCUUUCUGCAGCUUUAGGAGGGAGAGUUGAUGUCGCAGCAAUGACCACAAUCUCAGAAGUGAAGGCUACUUAUCUUCUUGCUGUAGCUUUUCUUGAGAUCAUCCGCUUCAGCAGCAAUGGUGGAAUCCUAAAUGGUGGAACCACUAUGGAUUCUGCAAGAAGUGCCUUUAAUUGUGUGUUUGAGUAUCUCAAGACUCCAAAUUUAAUGCCAGCUGUCUUCCAGUGUUUAACAGCUAUUGUCCACAGGGCUUUUGAAACAGCUGUGUCGUGGCUGCCUAUAUUAGAAUUGGUUGUCAGUGUCUUGGAAAGGGCAACUUAUGUAGGGGAUGACCAAAAAGACAGAGUGAAAGGCAUAGAAGAUCAAGUGUCCGAAAUAGGGCAUGAAGCUGAGACCAGAGAUUCAAUACUUACAAUGCAUACCUGUUUUCUAAUAAAAAGUCUGAGCCAGAGGGAGGAUCAUAUAAGAGAUAUUACAGAGAACUUGUUGACUCAGCUUAGAGACAAGUUUCCACAGGUUUUAUGGUAUUCUUCCUGCAUAGACUCUAUGCUGUUUUCAUUUAAUGAUGACUCUUCCACUACCAUCAUCAAUGAUCCUGCUUGGACAGCUACAGUCCGUACCUUGUAUCAGAGAAUUGUUCGAGAGUGGAUAAUUAAAGCACUUUCAAGUGCUCCAUGCACUAGCCAGGGUCUUCUUCAGGAUAAACUUUGUAAAGCAAAUACGUGGCAAAGAGCACAGCCCACAAUUGAUGUUGUUUUACUUUUAUCCGAGAUAAGAAUUGGGACUGGGAAAAAUGACUGGCCUAUACAAACAGCAAAUAUUCCUGCAGUCAUGGCUGCAGCAGCUGCCGCUUCAGGGGCAAACUUAAAAGCAUCAGAGUCCUUUAACUUAGAUGUUAUCAGUUCUGGUAAGUGCAACCAAGCCGCAGCGACAGUUAAGUGCAACCAUGCUGGAGAAAUUGCUGGAAUGAGAAGGUUGUAUAACAGCAUUGGUGGAUUUCAGUCCAGUACUGCACCUCCUGGUCUUGGACUUGGAGCUGGGCUUCAAAGAAUUAUAUCUGGAGCUUUUCCUCAGCAGCCACAAGCUGAGGAUGACUCAUUUAAUGGAAUGUUGCUUAAUAAGUUUGUGCGUUUACUUCAGCAGUUUGUCAACAUAGCAGAGAAAGGUGGAGAAGUCGUCAGGUCUGAAUUUCGUGAUACUUGCUCUCAGGCCACUGUGCUUCUUUUGUCAAAUUUGAGUUCUGGAUCCAAAUCGAACAUGGAGGGCUUCUCACAACUUCUCCGUCUUCUUUGUUGGUGUCCUGCUUACAUUUCUACCCAUGAUGCAAUGGAAACUGGUGUUUUCAUAUGGACAUGGUUGGUUUCUGCUGCACCCGAGCUUGGAGCUCUCGUACUUGCUGAGCUUGUUGAUGCAUGGUUAUGGACAAUUGACACCAAGCGAGGUCUCUUUGCCUCUGAAACAAGGUUUUCUGGACCUGCUGCAAAACUCAGGCCUCACCUGUCCCCUGGGGAGCCUGAACCGCAGCCUGAGAUUAAUCCUGUUGAGCAGAUUAUUGCUCAUCGACUGUGGCUUGGAUUUCUCAUUGAUCGCUUUGAGGCAGUUCGGCACCAAAGUGUGGAGCAACUCCUGCUUCUUGGUAGGAUGCUGCAGGGGACAACGAAGCUUCCUUGGAUUUUUUCACACCAUCCUGCAGCCACUGGCACUUUUUUCACUCUUAUGCUUCUAGGGCUCAAGUACUGCUCUUGCCAGUGUCAGGGAAAUCUGCAAAAAUUUCAUCUGGGGCUUCAGCUGCUGGAAGAUCGGAUUUAUAGGUGA